AUGACUAUGUGUGGUCAAGAAGAACUUGAAUUAUCCAGAGAUGGCAGCCACUACAGUAUCUCCACCGGAAUACUACCUUCUCUCGGAGCAAGAAGUAACCGGAGAGUUAAACUUCGCCCUCUCAUUAUAUCUCCUUACGACCGCCGUUACAGGAUAUGGGAAACUUUUCUUGUUACAUUGGUAGUGUAUACAGCUUGGGUAUCUCCAUUUGAAUUUGGAUUCCUUAAGAAACCAGAAGAACCUCUUUCUAUUUCAGAUAACAUUGUCAAUGGAUUCUUUGCUAUAGACAUGAUUCUCACCUUCUUUGUCGCUUUCAUUGACAAAACUACUUAUUUAUUUGUCGAUAACCCGAAAAAGAUUGCUUGGAGAUAUGCAAGAACAUGGUUUGUAUUAGAUCUUAUAUCGAUCAUUCCUUCCGAGCUUGUCGCAAGUCUGUCCCCCGCUCCGAUUCAAACUUAUGGCCUAUUCAAUAUGCUUAGGCUUUGGCGUCUUCGAAGAGUUAGCUCUUUGUUUUCUCGGCUUGAGAAGGACAGAAACUUUAACUAUUUUUGGGUUCGAUGCGCGAAGCUUAUUUGUGUUACUCUUUUUGCGGUGCAUUGCGCUGGAUGCUUUUAUUAUCUUCUUGCCGCGCGUUAUCAUGAUCCCAAAAAGACGUGGAUUGGCGAAACAAUGGAAGAUUUCCUUCACCAUUCCUUGUGGACAAGAUAUGUGACAACUAUUUACUGGUCGAUCACGACUUUAACAACGGUCGGUUAUGGAGAUUUGCAUCCGGUGAACGAGAGGGAAAUGAUCUUCGUCAUCUUUUACAUGCUCUUCAAUCUAGGAUUAACCGCGUAUCUGAUUGGUAACAUGACUAAUUUAGUUGUCCACGGCACAAGUCGAACUAGAAAAUUCAGGGAUACCAUACAAGCCGCGUCGAGUUUUUCUCAGAGGAACCAAUUGCCGCCUCGCUUACAAGAUCAAAUGCUUGCUCACUUGUGUUUGAAGUUCAGAACAGACUCAGAGGGUUUGCAGCAACAAGAGACGCUUGAUUCUCUUCCGAAAGCGAUCCGAUCAAGCAUUUCACAUUAUCUUUUUUAUAAUUUGAUGGAUAAGGUCUAUUUAUUCAAAGGGGUUUCAAAUGAUUUGCUCUUUCAAUUGGUAUCGGAGAUGAAGCCCGAAUAUUUUCCACCAAAAGAAGAUGUAAUAUUACAAAACGAAGCUCCGACCGAUUUUUACAUUCUAGUCACCGGAGCUGUGGACCUACUAGUUCUCAAAGGCGGGGUUGAACAUGUUGUUGGGGAAGCAAAAACAGGAGAACUUUGCGGCGAAAUCGGUGUACUUUGCUAUAAGCCACAGCAUUUUACCGUUCGAACUAAGCGAUUAAGUCAAUUGUUGAGGCUGAACCGUACCACAUUCAUGAAUAUCGUUCAAGCUAAUGUUGGCGACGGAACCAUAAUCAUGAACAAUCUUCUUCAGCAUUUGAAAGAGCUUAACGAUCCGAUCAUGGAGGGGGUUUUGGUAGAGACGGAGAACAUGUUAGCUCGCGGUAGAAUGGACUUACCGGUGAGUCUAUGUUUUGCAGCAUCAAGAGGAGAUGAUUUGUUGUUACAUCAACUGCUAAAACGAGGUUUGGAUCCAAAUGAAUCUGACAACAAUGGAAGGACAACAUUGCAUAUAGCAGCAUCUAAAGGAAAAGAAAACUGUGUUUUGCUUCUGUUAGAUUAUGGAGCAAAUCCCAACAUUAGAGAUUCAGAUGGAAAUGUAGCACUGUGGGAGGCUAUACUUGGUGGACAUGAAACAGUAACAAAACUUUUGGUUGAAAAUGGUGCAACCUUGCAAAGUGGUGAUGUUGGUCAAUAUGCAUGCACUGCAGCUGAACAAAACAAUCUCAAUUUGUUAAAAGACAUUAUGCGUUAUGGAGGAGACAUCUCACUUCCAAAUAACACCGUUGGAACCACGGCUUUACACGUCGCGGUGUCCGAAGACAACGUAGAAAUUGUCAAAUUUCUCUUAGAAAAUGGAGCUAACAUUGAUAAACCAGACAGAUAUGGUUGGACUCCAAGAGAUUUUGCUGAUCAACAAGGUCAUGUAGAAAUCAAAGCCAUUUUUGAAGCCAAAGGAGAACAACCUAAGACUCAACCAUUUGUUUCUAUGUCUAUUCCUGAGAGACAGGGCAGUGCUAAGGUGAGAUACCUUGGUAGAUUUACAAGUGAGCCGAUAAUACCUAUACCUCAAGAUGGAUCGUUUCAUGGAAACGACGGGUCGUGGAAUCCAAUUCCAAAUCGCCCGAGACGCAGGAAUAACAAUUUCCACAACUCGCUAUUCGGGAUAAUGUCGGCUGCAACCAAAGGAGAAAAUGAUCAGUUUUUAUCUGUUAAUAUGAAUAACAUAGCGAGGAAUGGUGUGAAGAGUAAUGUGUGUCCAUGUAGAGUUACGGUUAGUUGUCCGGAAAAGGGCGAGGUUGCUGGGAAGCUUAUAUUGUUACCUGAAAGUUUUAAAGAGUUGCUUGAGAUUGGAGGUAAGAAAUUUGGUAUAGUUGCUAAUAAGGUUGUUUGCAAAGAUGGAGCUGAAAUUGAUGAUAUUGAGGUUAUUAGAGAUGGUGAUCAUCUUAUUUUUGUUGGGGAUGGUGGGGUGCUAGAUUCCAAUUAUGCAACACAAUGUAAUGGUGUCAUUCCCUAA